UGGUGGAGUGCAGCACUGCGACUUAGUCAGCCAGAGAAAGAGAAAUGUUAUGAAAUAUUGUGGCGGUCCUAGCGAUGGCAGAAGCAUGGGUCUUCCCGACGUUUAUGCUGUGUCUUUGUGGAUUUUUCACAAACAUGAGACCAUCAGAGCCCUUCAUCACAGCAUACCUUGUGGGACCUGAUAAAAACUUGACACACAAAGAGGUGUUUAAUGAAAUCUUCCCAGUAUGGACGUACUCGUACCUCGCUCUGCUGCUCCCAGUUUUCCUGGUUACAGACUUCCUUCGCUACAAACCUGUCAUCAUCCUGCAGGGGGCGAGUCUCAUCGUUACCUACCUGAUGCUCAUGUAUGCCCAGGGGCUAAUAGCAACACAGUUUAUGGAGUUCUUUUAUGGGGUCUCCACAGCCACAGAGAUUGCUUACUACUCCUACAUCUACAGUGUGGUGGAUUCUGCCCAGUACCAGAGGGGGACUAGUUACUGUCGUAGCAUCACGCUGGUAGGGUACACUGUAGGCUCGGUCACAGGACAGGUGCUGGUGUCGCUGGCACAGGUGCCCUUGUUCUACCUGAACGCCAUCACUUUGACAUCUGUGACGUUGGCCUUUGUCACCUCAUGGUUUCUGCCAAUGCCAAAUAAGAGCCUGUUUUUCCAUCAAGGAUGUGUGGACAAAAAGGAUCUGACAGGCAAGGCUGCAAAAUUGCCUCCCAGAGUACUAUCUAGGGCUGCAUUGGAAGAUCCAGAGUCUAAGAUUCCACUGAACGCUGAGGAAAGCCCUCCUGCUGCUCAAAAGCUGAAAGCGGUGCAGGCUGGUGGCGGCGGUGGUGGUUUCUUGGAAGUGCUCAGGAUGCUGUGGCUGGAUUUGCUGCAGUGCUACUCCUCCUGGCCUCUGCUCUGCUGGUCGGUAUGGUGGGCUCUGUCCACCUGCGGAUACUUCCAGUUGAUCAACUAUGCCCAGGCACUGUGGGAGGAGGUCCUGCCGUCCCAGGACUCGGACAUCUACAAUGGCUGUGUGGAGGCCAUCUCAACUUUGCUAGGUGCUGUCGCAGCUUUUGGUGUGGGCUAUGUGAAGAUACCCUGGGAAGACUGGGUGGAGCUGGUGCUCUGCAGUUUCUCAGUUGUCAUUGCUGUGGCUGUGUACAUUAUGGACACUGUCAGAAACAUUUGGGUGUGCUAUGUGUCUUAUGUUGUUUUCAGAAGCACAUAUAUGUUGCUAAUAACUAUUGCAACAUAUCGGAUUGGGGCUAACCUCAGCAUGGAGAGGUACGCCCUGGUGUUUGGUGUAAACACUUUUGCUGCUGUCGCCUUACAAACUUUACUCACCGUCAUUGUGGUUGACUCCAGUGGACUUGGACUGGACAUUUUUACUCAGUUUCUUAUUUAUGCAAGCUACUUUGUCAUGAUUGCAGCUGUUUUCCUCGCAGCUGGACUUUACAAAUUAGUGGCAAGGUGGAGAACAAGCCAUAUACAUGAGACUGUUGGUGGAAUAACUGAAUGUGACUUUUCAGGGGACCAGGUGUCUCAGAAUGACUGCAACUACAUCACUAACACAUCUUGAAGCCUUCACAAUGCUGGACUAUUACUUUGAUGUAUGUUUGGACACUUGCUAAAAUAAUGUUACAGUAUGAGUUCUUUUGUGUGUCUACGUGAGGGGGUAGUUGGUCUCUUUACAAAACAGAUACAAAACACUUUUCUGGGACAUCCAUAUUUUUGCACUCUGUUACAAUUAUUUCAGAUGUAUAAACCAAUCCAGAAUACAGGAGAUACAGCCAACCUUGCAAGUUUGAUUGCUAUAUUUCCCAUUGUAUCAACAUAAGAGACCCCUUUCACUAGAGGGGCAGAAUGUUAAAACCAGCAGUGAUGCUAACUUGUUUUAUGUUGCCUAUUUAUUUAUUUUGGCUCUAAUGUAGUGUCAGACAAUACACCAGCAUGGAUAGGGAUACAUAUUAAUCUGCACCACCAUGCAUUUUGGUAUGGUAGCUUUCUAUGUGGAUGGAAAGUGUUUGCAAUACAUGUAUAAUCUAAAGCUGUUACAGAGAUGACAUUACCAAAAAGAAUGUACUUGCAUACAGAGCUACAGAACUGUAUGUGAUCAUGUGUAAAGAGAACCAUAUUACCAGUGGCCUCAGUGAACCAUAUUACAAUCCUACAUUUUAGUUACAGGUUUGCAUAUGUGCCUUUUAGAUUCUUCGGUCUUACACUAUAGCUCUUCUGCCACCAGCAGCUCUCCCCUAUUGCAGUUUGCCAUGCUGUGAUGUUUCAGAGUGCGGGUUGCUUAUUGAUAGGUUUUGUGUGAUAAUUUCUUGUACUGUAAUUUCUUGUACUGUAUAUCAAGCUCCAAGUGUAAAUGCAAACAGUACCGAGUUCAUUUCUAUUCUGAAUAGUUACGAGAAUAUAAAUGAGUGAUCAUUUUUGCUUGUGUUGUGGUUACUGGUUUACAGAAUGCAUGUAUUCUGCAAGCUUGAUUCUGAAUGUUCUUUCUCUUGGUAUUCACUUGAAUGUUGUUGUUCCUUGCUCAUUCUAAAGGAGGUAGCAUUCAAAAAGAAAGUUAUCCUGAAGAGGUACAGUACUGAUUCAUUCAGGACAUAUAGUCUGCAGUUCUGGUCUAUUCCAGCAGGUGGUGAUUUGCAGUAAAAAAAAAAAAAAAUAUUAAUUGAACACAGAAGUAUGGGUUUUGCAUUUUAACAAGGUUUAGCAGUAAAACAAUAAGGAUGAAAAAUAUAAGGAUGAGCUGUAUGUUCAAUAUCUAAUCACUCUGUUUGAUAUAAUGUUAAAAAGUUGAAAAGAAUGUGUAUCUGAAAUAAU